AAACCAAGUCGGGGCACGGAAGGAGGGGAAACCGGCGCGACGUCUCCGGCCCCAAUGAGCAGACCGGGUCCCCUUCGGGACCGAACCGCGGAGGCGGCCUUGCUUUCCUUCCCUGGCAAAGAGAGGAGGGAGACUGGGCGAAGUGCGAAGCCCUCGGCAGCCUCUUUCGGCUCUAGAGCAGGCUCCGCGCUCCCCCCGCCGGCUCCCUGCAGCAACAGGCCGCUGAACCUAAAAGAAAGAGGCGUGUAUAUGUUUUUUGGGGGUGCCCCAAGUUUCUUAAAGCGCGGCCAAGGGGGGUAAGCAGCAAGCAGGGAGUGUUCCCAGCCGUGCAUUGGCCUGGGAUCUUCCAGCUAGUUUUACACCACAGGGAUGAAAGUCUCCUGUCUCCCCAUCGAACCCCUUUUCCUGAAAGCAGACAAAGCGGCGUUUGUGGAAAUUGCAGCUGACCCAAUAACGGGGAGUAAUCCCUGCUACCUCGCUCUCAUUGGCAAGGACAGGAGGAAGGAGGAACACUUGGAAGGCGGAGGGAUAGGCCGUGCGAAGGAACAAAGAUAGUUAUUAGUCACUUCUGCUUGUUAAAGGUCCCGGGCGCGUGGAUUUCGUUCACAUGCUUCCUUUGUAAACUUGGGCGAGUUUUGCAGCGUUACUGUGUGCUGCUGUAAACAACACCCUGUUCUUAAAAGGAAUCGGGGUUCUCACAAGCUCUGAACUGCAUGGAAUCCGGCUGUCUUAUAUAUGCUUUCCUGGAAGUAAAGUCCCCCCUUGCGUUUCAUAGGGCUGACUCCCUAGUAAGUGGGCUUUAGGGCUGCCGCGUUAUUAUUAUUUCAGACCUCCCGAUAUUUCCUCUGGAUUAGAGCCAAGAGACACUCAACAGCGUCUGCUAUUUUUAAUUUUUUGCUCUGCCUCUCACUUCUGGGUUAAUUCUCAAAUUCGUUGGGAACAACUAUAUACGCACCAAAGGCCUGUCCUGCAUAGGCAGCAAAAGUUUCCAGUGGGCUGCCUGCCUGUGAACCUGUAACAGAUCUGGGUAGAGUUCUGAACAGCUGGAGGGUGUUUCAGAUCCAUAGCCUGAGUUCUCUCUCAACUUUUCCUCUUUGCCCUUUGCGACCCCACAUUCUCAGCCUUCUUGGGAAGCUAACUGGUAAGUUUCCCCUUUCAGGUUAGCCCUUUGCCCCAAUGCCAGUUCAGCCAAUCACACCACACUCUUGCACCCUCACUUACUGUAGCACUUCAAACAUAUUUUUUUCUGGUUGCAGCACGCCCCGUAACAGCUGGUGUGGAAAGGAACUGGGAGAGAUUUUUUGUUCUCUGCUAGGACUUGAUCGAGGUACUUGGAAACAGACUAAACGUUUAGGGAGAAAAGGUCUUUUGGGAUUGGCAGCUGUUGUGGGGGAGGGCCUGUGUUCACUCAAAGGACGGGUCUGCAUACAAAUGGACAUAGUUCGUCCUGGUUUCUCCGCCCCUUGCUCCUUUAUUGGUGGGGAACCAGACACCAGAGCUUGUGAGUUUGUAGACCCUCCCCUUUCUCCUGCAUAUUCCUUUCUGCUUGCGAGUUCUGUCUUCAUCCAUCCAAAAGCACCUUAGCUGACAUGGUGCAACAAGUGCUGUAUAGAGCUCUGGUCUCCACCAAAUGGCUAGCAGAAGCUGUGCGGGCCAAUAAGAUUGGGCCUGAGCUGCGGGUGCUGGACGCCUCCUGGUAUGAACCCGGUGGCAAGAGAGAUGCCCAGAAAGAAUUCAGGGAGCGGCACAUCCCUGGAGCCUCCUUUUUCGACAUCGAGGAAUGCAAAGACAAGUCAUCCCCUUACGAGGUCAUGCUUCCCAGCGAGAAGCACUUUGCGGACUACGUCGGCCGCCUGGGCAUCAGCAACCAGACCCACGUCGUGGUGUACGAUGGAGACAACCUGGGCACUUUCUACGCACCGCGGGCCUGGUGGAUGUUCCGUGUCUUUGGGCACCGAACUGUCUCCGUGCUGAAUGGGGGGUUCAAGAACUGGGUGAAAGAAGGGCACCCUGUGACAUCAGAGAGCACCAGACCAGAGCCGGCCGUUUUUAAAGCCAGCCUGAACAGAUCGCUCCUGAAGACCUAUGAGGAUAUGCUGGAGAACCUGGAAUCCAAGCGGUUCCAAGUGGUGGAUUCCAGAUCUGAAGGGAGAUAUCGGGGAACAGAACCUGAGCCAGGGACACAAGGUAGGAACGGUAUCUGGAACCACCUUCAGCUGCAAAGGAGUGUUUUCUGGCAUUCAUUCUGAUGUGACCCUCUCUCCACACUCAUUUCCCACUAAUGUAGAUCCAUUCCUUUAGCCCCCUUGGGCUACAAUCCUGUGCAUGCAUGCAUUCAUAAAAGCAAAAACAAAGUGGGAUAUUUAUGAGUAAACCUGCACAGGGCCAAGGUGGGUGUCUAAUAGGGAGUCCAUAUUGGCAGAACCUUAUAUCCUUCAAAGUCUGGACACAAUUAGACUUAGGAUUCCCCACCAACCAUCUAUUAGAAGAGUGGAAUGACCGGAAAAUAGCCCAUUGACAGAUCUUUAGUUCUGAUUCCCUCUCCUCCCCCUAUAUAUGGCAAAAGCAGUUAGUUAUAUUGACUAUGGAUAGCCAGAAAAGCAGCAGAUGAACUUAUCUUUUGUGCUCUGGGUCUAUUUCCAACAAUCUGUAUUGGUAACAGCUGUACUCUUGACAUUUAUGUUUGCCACCGACAGUUUCCAAGAAUUUUGUGAGUAUAGAAUGGGGAGGGGGAGCACCACAAUCUCCUUGGAGGAAAGUGAGGCAUGAAUGUAAUAAGAAGCAUGUUAAGUUAAAACAGGUUCUCCGGUAACUUGAUGAUUCUGCAGCUCUUUCUUGAAAUGCGGCUCUUCCUUAUAUAUUUCAGAGAACCGGCUUGACUAGUAUUUGCCUCUUAAUUGUCCAAAAACCAGCCUGUUCAAACAAAAAGUCUGAAAUGACUGCCUCACAUUCUUGUAUACUCUUCCCCCUCCCUGGCAAUGCAUGGGAGACUGCUGAGCUGUUACUUUUGAUCAGCCUGGACAAAGGGCAAAAGCCAAAAGGGUGGGAGUGGCAGAAAGUUGUGUGCAUCUGUGCAUAUGUCAGAGAGGAAUGGCAGCCUCAUGGUACAGAAUCCUGAGAUAAACACCAAGUUAACCAGGGUCGCCAUGCCCAGCCACUCCAGCAUUGUAUCCCCAGCAGAAAAAAUAUAGGACUGCUCUCUCCGCUCUUAACACGUUUUCCUACGGAGGAAACACUUCCGUGUAAGAAAAAAUAUAUUUCAAAAGCACCAACAAAAAAGAUAAGAGAGUAUUUAAAUUGUAGGUUGGUGAUAUAGAUAAGAGAAUUUGCAUUCAUUCCUCUAAUCUACUCAGUGAUGGCCAGUUUCUUUAGAUUUUUCCUCCCUUUUAUUUAUGCACUGUGUAAUAUCUUGCAUUUGUACUGGCGCUGCUCAGAUCUGCCUACCAUUUUGAAUCGUCUACAGUGCCCCAGGACAUUUUCAUUUAAAAGUGUGGGCAUGUAGCACACAGCAGCCCAUCCUUAAGUAAAACCAAGAUGUGGGAAUGACUGGGGGGGGGGGGCUAACUGAGUAAGAGGAUCAGUACUUGUGGGCCCUCCUAGAUUCUGGGGCCUUGGUGGCUGUCCAGGAAUUUCAGGUGGUGACCCUAGCCCUGGUUUGUUUUGUUGAGUGAUAACUAAGUCCUUCUGCCCAGCCUGUGAUUACACACAAUAUACCUAGUUCACAAGGCUUAUAUUAGUUUCAUGCUAGAUGGUUUUUCUCAAAUAAUCUUCAGCAUUGUGGUUGGCUUUGAAUUCAGAUGAAUAUGCAUGUGGCGAUUUAGCUGUAGGUGCAUGUGUUUUGUGCUCCUUAUGGGGCAGUUUGUCAAAGCUUUGGUCGCCACCCUGAAGUCAGCAAUCACCUGUGGCUCCUAGAAGCUGUCAGCAUGCGACAGCAGCCACACCCUGAGAAAUGGCUUCCACUGGCCGGCUAAACCAAGUGAGAGUAGCCAAUGGAUCCCAAUCCCUCGGUGAGUUCGGGACUUCCCCUGCAUGCGAAGACAGGCUCCAGCAGAUUGAACGGACGAGACCAGUAGUGGGUCCAACGGUCAAGAAGUUGGUUUUUGCAUGUUCUGUAGAGGGAAGUGAGGGGCAGAUGGGGCUCAUCAACCUGGGGAAGGUAGCUUCUCAAGGAGAAGGAAAACUCUCAUCCUAGACCUCUGCUGCCUUGUGGGACAUCUGCAGGAGAAGAAAAGGCUAAGGAGCAAACCCUACACAAAUCCAGAGCGGAGUCCCUAAGAUGGUUGGAUGGGGCCUUGUACACCUCCUUCCGGCAACUCCUGCAGCCAAGUUGGUGUCAAAUGUAUUGUUCUGCUUUCUUUUGGACCACAUCGAUGAAGGCAGCCCAGGACCUCCAUAUACACUGUCCAGGCUUGUGCCCCAGGGAGGUCACUUUGGUGCUGCAAUUGCAGCAGUUUGACUUCACCCCCAGAGGCACACUCCAUUGUCUUUCAAGACAGACGGAUGCCAGCAACAUGUGGUAAACUACAUAGGCAUGGAUGUGUGACAAGUUGCAUGUGGGGUUGGAGGUUCAUGCUUCAGAGAGCAUGCUUCAGAGAGCCGUGUGUACAUAAAUACCUAUAAAACGUCACAUGGCUAUGUUCACACAGCUAUUAUCUUUCUUCAAAACAAUUAAGGGUCAGUUUGCAAGUUUUACUCUGGCAGCUCACUAUCUGCUUGCUAAAGCCCUUUUAUAUACUAACUGCAGCUGCAUGACCUGAAAAAAGCAACAUUUUGGAUAGGAGUAGCCUCUGUGGGAGACAAGUGCACAUUUUUUUUAGCUUUCUGAGUCCCAGUCCUUCACUGUAGGAAGUUCUUAUCCCACACAGGUUUCUUGCAACUUGUAUGAAGGACAUUUAGUAAAGAUAGGAGCCCCAGAUUCUUUCUGCAUACUUUUCACUUACACCAGGUCAAAUGGGAGCAACCUUCCAGGGGCCACAUGUUGGUGGUGGGCCAGAGACAAGGUGCGCAGGGCGAUGGAUGUAACUCUUCCGUUUGUACAGUAAGCUACAUUUUGGCCACCUGACACCUUUCAGUCAAGCAAAAGCACUUGAGAAGGGCAUGGAGCAGAGCUAGCCAGGGUUAUGGUCUGGGCAGGGGGCAUGGCCAGUGGAGAGCCCCAGGGACCUAACUUUUAUGUGAUACUACUGAGAAAGUAAACAUUGAGGAUCUGUUUACUAUUAUAUUCUGUAGCUUUUCUGGUUUUCUUCAAAGCUUGGGCAGAUGGAGUAGCGGGAAGCUAUUGGAUGUGCUAUGAUAUCAAAACACAGUAGUCAAAAGGGAAGGAUGGGGGGGUUAUUAAAAAGUCAGUUCUAUAUUUUUUUUUAGCUCUUUAAUGUUGAGAUAAUGUCCAGGGGAAGCCAUGAGCUCCAGAGCCAAUUCCUGUGGAGCACAGAAGAGACAAAUCAAGAAUCAAAUGAGACGAAAAAUGUCCAUCUGGAAUUGUGGAGAGAGACCAACUGUGGCACGUUUCCAAAAGAAUUGCUGCAGGUUCAGCAUUCCAUUCGCUCCUCUUUGUGUACAGUGUGUGUGCACGAGCUAUGUGUGUUUGUGCUUAUGAGUGUGCACAUGGACAGAAAUGCAGUGGUGCUAUCAGGGGCAGGUGGGGGGAAGGGCAGAAAUCCAGGGACCAGCUCGGCAGGAGGGCCCCCAAAUACAGUAGAUCUGGCCUACCACAUUACAAUGUAAAGCAAGCUUCCUCAACCUCAGCCCUCCAGAUGUUUUGAGACUACAAUUCCCAUCAUCCCUGACCACUGGUCCUGCUAGCUAGGGAUCAUGGGAGUUGUAGGCCAAAAACAUCUGGAGGGCCGAGGUUGAGGAAGCCUGAUCUAAAGAGUAGGAUCCCCACAAGACCAUUACAAUCAGAGUCAAAAGUGGGGCUAAUUACUAAACUACUCCACUUUGUGUGUGUGUUUUACUGGGUGGAGGGGAGCCAAGCAUGCCAUAGGUAAAGGUAAAGGGAUCCCUGACCAUUAGGUCCAGUCGUGGCUGACUCUGGGGUUGCGGCGCUCAUCUCGCUUUAUUGGCCGAGGGAGCCGGCGUACAGCUUCCGGGUCAUGUGGCCAGCAUGACUAAGCCGCUUCUGGUGAACCAGAGCAGCACACGGAAACACCAUUUACCUUCCCGCUGGAGCGGUACCUAUUUAUCUACUUGUAUUUUGAGGUGCUUUUGAACUGCUAGGUUGGCAGGAGCAAGGACCGAGCAACAGGAGCUCACCCCGUCGCAGGGAUUCGAACUGUCGACCUUCUGAUCGGCAAUUCCUAGGCUCUCUGGUUUAACCCACAGCGCCAUAGUUUAUUGCAACUUCACAUUAUGGUGCUACCUGAGUGUAAGCAGAUGCUAAAAUGCUGUCCCAUUGCAAGACACUUGACCAACACUGACAACACAAAGCCCUGACCCAUGAGAUUUAAACUUUCUCAAAAGGGGGGGGGGAGGAGAUUCAGAUGAACAGCUGUGGCAAGGAAGCCUGGAUUGGGCUGAAUGUUUUGAUUACUUGGUUAAAUGUCCUGAGCUGACCUGCCAAACACAGUUCACCCCAAGCUGUUUAUUUUGUGUGACUUGUCUCAUGGCUCUGGUAGGCCCAGACAGGCAGCAAAGCCAAUAAGCUUGAUCAAUGGUGGUUGACAUUCUUGGCUGAUGGGGUUUGCUUCAUUUGGUGGGACAUGAUACAUGGUUUCCAAAUGUGUCCUCUACCUGCAGAGACUUUUAAUGUGCUACAGAGGAAUCCCUCCUUUUCAAUAUGAUUCAAUCAAGGGAAUUUGCUUUCUCUAUCAACCACCAUCCUCACAUGUGCUCAGUAUAUGCAUGUUAUUUAAGGCAAAUUUGAGAAGUAUAAUUCUACCCAAACAGCAAGAUUGUGGCUUAUCACCUCAGUGGAAGCACCUGUAAAUGGCCUGUGAGCUAGUUGGUAAUUAGGUUGCCUAGAAUAUUUCAAAUAAAUUAUCCAUCAUACAUAUAAAAAUACACAAAAUCAGCAGACCGCCCUAGUGGUUUCUUCAGAUUUUUCAUAUGAACUCAUCCUAAAUCUGUGGCAAUUGGGCAGUCAUCCCAGCCAGAGUUUAGUGAAGCUUAGCCUACAAACAUUUAUGUUACUGGAUAUUUCACACAACAAUUAAGACAUUGCAUUUGAUCAUGUGCGGAGUGCCUGUUCCUUACCAUCAGGUAAUCAAAACCAGCCAUGACAUUUCUGGAGUUUGUGAGACAGUGAGCACUUCCAGUACAGCUGGAGUGUUGCAAACCCAAACUCUGAACUCUGAAUAUCCUUUCUUUUAAAUUAUUUCCAUACUAUCAAAAUUUGCAUACCUGUGGUUUCCAUUCUAAAUAUAGAUAUGAGAAAAACACUUUUCUCAUACUCAGAAUGUCUAGUGUUAUCAAUUUGUCCUGUCCAUGAUAUUAUCAUUACUAUUAUUACUAUUAUUACUAUUUAUUGAAUUUUUUAGUCCAUUUAUUUUGCCCAGGGCAACCUAAAGCAACCCAAAGUAGCUUAUGUUGAUUCAAGUACUGAUUAAAGAAAAGUACAAUUUUGCAAUGUUGCUUGAGAAUUACAUUGCAAAAUUCAGAGAAGUGCAAAAACCAAAGGGUAACAACGUUCCAAUUCGCAUAUUAGUCUAGGAAGUGCAGAUCAGGCUGAUUCACUUAGACCAAACAAAAUAAUUUAAGAUCCUUUCUUGAUCUCCCAGUUCAAUUUUACUGAGUCAGUGUUGUUUGUGAAUAUUUCAGGCUAAAUACCUUGAUUCAUCACUUAAUGCAAGUUUUGUAGAUGUGUCCCAGAUUAUAACUGUUUUGUAUCAGAAGUAGUUUAUACCAGCCAGAUGGGCGGGAUAUAAAUAAUAAAUUGUUGUUUGUUGUUGUUUGUUGUUGUUAUUUGAUCUUUAAACUGAAUUCAUUUUACAUAAUUUAAUUUAAUUUACGUCAUCAUCAUCAUUUGAUCUUUAAACUGAAUUUAUUUUACAUAAUUGCAGGUAGCUUCCUUCCUUCCUUCCUUCCUUCCUUCCUUCCUUCCUUCCUUCCUUUCUUCCUUCCUUCCUUCCUUCCUUCCUUCCUUCCUUCCUUCCUUCCAGAAUUGCCUUUUUAAACCCUUUCUGUCAGCAUAUUCUCUAACCUUUUCUUGAGAUACUUUGCCUCCAUAGUUUUUUGAAGCAUCAACUUUAAGAUGUCUGCAUUGGUUUAUUUUGCCACCAUAUCUAAAUGGAGGCUCUUUUCUCUCUUCCUUCUAUUCUAGGGCUUGAACCAGGCCACAUCCCCCAAACUCUGAACAUGCCUUUUUUCAAUUUCUUGACUGAAGAAGGAUUUGAGAAGAGCACGGAAGAGAUCCGGAGCAUGUUCCAGGAGAAGAAAGUGGAUCUCUCAAAGCCUCUGAUUGCCACAUGCCGCAAGGGGGUCACAGCCUGCCACAUUGCCCUGGCGGCGUACCUGUGUGGCACACCAGAUGUGGCCAUCUACGAUGGAUCUUGGUCAGAGUGGUUUCGGCGUGCCCCGCCAGAGCUUAAAAUUUCAGAGUGGAAACGCCAUAAGGCAUAAGCAAAGCAGUAUCAGUCUGCUGCGGUUAUUCAUGCACCGAGGUUUGGGUUCUUAAUUAUUCCUGACAAAGAUCAAGGGCUGGGGAAAUGUGAAGUUCGUGGUCUUUUAUAAAUUUUUUAGUUUUCUAAUUGAACGCUAUGUUUUUUUCCUAUUUCUUUUUUGUAAUUGGUAAUGGAAUAAAGCAGAAUCUCAGGUCAAGUGGCCUUUUACCU